AUGCUCCCCCAUACACGUGUGCCCCGCGUGCACCCAGCCCCCAUCCCUGCAGCAGCAAAAUGCCAGAGCGCUUUGCUUCUGGGGCCAGGCCCCGGGUGGCCGGGACCAGGCCUGGGGGCCAGGCCUCUCCUCCCCCCACAGCCAGCCGCUCAGCUGGUGGGGCUUCUGCAAGCGAAGAUACCUCGCGGUGGGGGAGCACCACCUGCCGCACGGUGCCGCACCCUCACCGAGAAGCCAGUCUGUGGGCUUGGUAGCCCCAGGCUGGACGACGGAAUGGAGCGGCCUGGCCGCUCUUCCCGGCGCCCCCCACCCCCACCCCCAGGAGCGGUGGCCGCCCAUUCACCCCCGAUCGACCCCCAGCUAUGGAAUUUCAUUUAUUAA